AUGUCUGAUGCGGGGAAACAACAGAAGGGGCUGAAGAAGCUCUUCCACCCCUUCAACCACAAAGCCAGCGAGAAACUCCAAGAUCUGCAGGAGAAGCUGGAGCAUACUAAGCUGAGAGAUGCACAUGUCAAGGCUGUGCAUGUCAGUCACAAAGUCGGCAAGUUCAAGAACCUGUUCAAUGCCAACCAUCGCCAUGACGAGGAGCAUGAGCAGGCAACAGACAACAAGCGCACGAGGGUCAGCCAGAACCAUCGGUUCAACUCGUUUGCGCCCGAAAGAGAAGGCAACAUGGUGAAGUGGUACGUAGAUGGUAGAGAUUACUUCUGGGCUGUCGCGGAGGCUUUGGAGAAGGCGCAGGAAACCAUCUAUAUUGCAGAUUGGUGGCUGUCUCCCGAGCUAUUCCUCAAGCGUCCUCCAUUCUACAACCAAAAAUGGCGACUAGACCAGAUUCUCAAGCGUCGUGCACAAGCUGGUGUGAAAAUCUACGUCUCGGUGUACAAAGAGGUCUCGGCUGCACUCACAUGCAAUAGUCAACACACAAAGAAAGCUCUCGCUGGAUUGAUCAAAGAGGGCGAGCCAGGGUAUGGAAACAUCAAUGUGAUGAGACAUCCGGACCACAAUGUGUUCGAGAACGCCUCAGACAUGACCUUCUACUGGGCGCAUCACGAAAAAUUCAUUGUUAUCGACUACGCAAUGGCAUUUAUUGGAGGUCUGGACUUGUGCUAUGGACGAUGGGACAACAAACAACAUCCGCUGGCGGACGUGCAUCCCUCCGGAAUUCAAAACCAGAUCUUCCCGGGCCAGGAUUUCAACAACAACCGUAUCAUGGAUUUUGAGGGUGUCGAAGACUGGAAGUCAAACAAGCUUAACAAGCUUGAGUACGGUCGUAUGCCAUGGCAUGAUGUCGCCAUGGGUGUCAUUGGCCCGGCUGUGUAUGAUAUUGCCGAACACUUUGCCCUCCGAUGGAAUUUUGUCAAACGGGACAAGUACAAACGCGACGAACGAUACGACUGGAUUACCAUGGAAGGGCGAGAAGGUGAGGACGAAGAUCUCAUUGGAGUGCAGAGGCCUAAGUUCCCCGUCGGUGAUUACGUACAUCACCCGAAGACGCCACUUUCUACCAAGAAUCUAGACAACCGUGGAACAGUACAUGCGCAGCUGGUGCGAAGUAGCGCAGAUUGGAGUAUGGGUAUCCAGCCAGAGGAGCACAGCAUUCAGAAUGCUUACAUCGAACUCAUCCGCAACGCACAGCACUACGUCUACAUCGAGAACCAGUUCUUUAUCACAAAUACCCGCAAAGAUGACAGUAGUCCUGUUCACAACCAGAUCGGAGCUGCGAUUGUCGAGGCUGUCGUAAAUGCCGGGAAAGAGGGUCGCAAGUUCCGAGUCAUCAUCGUCAUUCCAGCAAUUCCGGGUUUCGCCGGCGAUCUUCGAGACAACGCGGCUGCGGGAACGCGCGCGAUUAUGGACUACCAAUUCAAGAGCAUCUGCCGUGGAGAAGACAGCAUCUUUGAGCGAGUCAAGGCACAGGGUGUUGAUCCUAAUGAGCAUAUCUUUUUUUUCAACCUUCGGUCAUACGAUCGCAUCAACGUCACCGACACUCUUAAGCAGCGUGAGAAGGAGUCAGGAACAUCCUACAUGGACCUUGAACAGGCUGAAAUCGAGGAAUUGGAAGCACCCCUCGAAGAUGGGGAAGAAGCACGGGCAAAGGCUGCGGAGCUAAGAAGGAUGUUCAUGGGCGAGGAAGCGGAUGUUGGAAAGGGCGACCAGGGCGGCAUCAUCGAUCCAGACUCAAUCGCUGACGACGCCAUGCUAAACGACAAGAAGCCCAGCACAGAAGACUGGGAAGGCGACCCAGAAGAAGAGAAGAAACACUUCUUCCAAGAAGAGCUCUACAUUCACGCCAAACUCUGCAUCGUCGACGAAAAGUACGUGAUUUGCGGCUCUUCCAACAUCAAUGACCGCUCGCAACUCGGUCUCCACGACUCUGAGCUCUCAAUCGUCUUGCAGGACAGGGAUGAAAUUGAAAUCGAGAUGGACGGCAAACCCUACAAAGCCGCUCGCCUCGCCCACGACCUACGCUCCAACCUCUGGCGCGAACACCUCGGUCUCCUACCGCCACAAGCCCUUGAAGCUACAGAUGACCCUAACGCACAACCCCCCGGCGAGAACUCUCCCAAUGACCCGCAGCCUGGCCCAGAAGCAGAUUUCGUCGCCGAUCCUCUUUCCCCACAACUGUGGGACGAGUGGUGCAAGCGCGCGUCCACGAACACAGAAGUCUUCAGGACUCUGUUCCACGCCGAUCCCGACGACAACAUCCUCACCUUUGAAGACUACGACAACUUCACGCCAAACCCGAAGAAUAACAAGGAUCACAAGCAAGGCCACUUGUACGAUACCAUCAGGCCGGUUGCGGAGAUUAGACAGGAGCUCGACCGCAUUCAGGGCCAUUUAGUGUGGAUGCAAUUGAAGUUCAUGGAGAAGGCGGAUCUCGCGGAAAGAGGGUUGCAGGUCAACUCUUUCACCGAGUCUGUUUAUACGUAG